AUGCCAUCAGAUGCGCUGCCCGCGUCAAGCGAGACCCCCAACUUUACCCUCGACGGGCCUGGCCCUGAACAGAUCUCCCCACCACCGUCCACUGCUCGUCCACCGCUGGCUGCGCCCAUCCACACGAGGGAUGUUUCAAGAGGAAGGCCGCAACAGUCUGCGACACAAGGGUACGGGGCUGGCUAUGUGUCAUCCUCACGCGCUGGCUCGGUCCAGCCUACUGCGUCUGGGCAGGAUGGAAGUGUGAGCUCAAGAGGUACAUCUGCGGUGGACAGUGGCCUCCAACGACGAACCUCGAACAAUUAUGGCCACCAUCGACAAACCUCAGUGAUACAUGGCCUGCAACAUUCGAGAAACCCAUCCUUUAACUCGCCCACCUCUGCAAGUCCUCUGUCACCGGAAUCCUUAUUAAAUGCCUCGAAUAAUGCGAGAUAUCCAACGGCGGGACGCAGAGGACAAUACGCUGCAGGGGAAGUGCAAUCCACUUUCACAAGCCCAGUCUCGUCUUUUCAAGGGCACACACAAGGCCACUCGAUCGACUCGAUGAUUGAUGGCCAGGCCCUCCAGCCCGAGUCUUUCUCGGCCCAGCCCAGAAGGCGCAAGGAGCAUUCGAGAACGAGACGUGGCCACGCAUACAACUCGUCAAGUGCUCACCAGGAGCCGCGCACGCCGGGAGAAUACGCUCUACACCAUUUAUUCCAUGCUUUCGUCCUGCGAGCCGACCAGAGAAUUAACCACUGCCUAUCUCUGGUCGACACAGCUGCGGCUCCGGUGGAGCAAGCCUGUGCGCCAGGCGUGGAUGCUGCCUUUGAUCAGUUGAUAUCGUCUCUUGGUCAUAUCUCUCGCCAAGGGCCAAAACCUCUCGUCGAUAGUCUGAUGCUAUGGCGCAAAGGCAAGGGUGAUGUUGCAGCCAGUUUAAAGAAACAAGUCUACCAGCAGCGGCUGCAACAGGGCUUGGGCGCCGCGUCUUCUGUAUCUUCACUCCCGGCCACGCUACCUAGGCGGCAUACAGAACCGCUGCAAGUUCCAGGAGAACCCGGACUUCCUCAGACGGGCACGGAGGGAUCAUCAGAGGAUGGCUUGACGCAAGAGUAUAUUCUAGCAGAUCGGAGGGCCACAAUAUCCGUCUACAUCCUGUGUCGAGUCCUGAUUGCAAUUUUUGAGCAAAGCAAUUUGGAAGCCAUCACUCCAGACUUGGCGUAUAAGCUGGAGGACAUCGUGUUUACUCAGAUCAAAGAAGUUGAACCGACCCAAAUUCUGUCUUCCAGUAUCAGACUGGCAAAUUGGAGGAUUUAUGGCCAGGUUCUGGGUCACAUGAGUCGAGUGGAUUUCGCGAAUGUGUCUGGUCGCUACACACAGCAACUUGACCUAUGGCAGCAGGACUUCGCCAAAAGCCAGCAAACAUCAACCGCCAGGGAGUUGGAAUCUCGACUCGAACUACUGCUCCUCAGCAUGCGCCAUCUCCACAUCGCUACCACGAGGGAGGCGGCGCCGACUGUGUGUGAUUUUUUGAGAAGCCUUGCCACCCGUUUCUCGGAUGCCCAUGGGCCUCGCGUCAAGCAGGCAUACUGUCAUCUGUUUGUGCGUUUGUUGACGGUAGUCGCUAGUCAUCCGGACAUCUUUCAGGGAACUCCCAUGUGGAUCAGCUUCAUCGAGAUUAUCAAUGCUCGCUUGUCCAAUAUGAUUGUCAAGGUCCGUCAUUGGGCCAUCGGCUUCCCGCUUUCUAUCGUCCUUUUGUGCGUCUCUCCUCUGGAAACGUUUGCGGCUCAAUGGUUGCCAAUGGUUCAGAGUUUUAGCACCAAGCUCAAAGACAGAAGCACGCGUGGUCCUGCUCUGCAAGCCAUAUGCCAGUUGACGUGGACCUAUCUGGCGCGUGUGACCGACCCAGCUAAUCUCAGAGUACGCCGCUUGGACGAAGUCAUCAAGCUGGCCCUUCCGCAAGGAAAGAGAACACACAUUGGCUCUGAUCCUGCUGUAGCAACUCCCCUGGUUCAACUCAUCCGUAUUCUGGGAUAUGCAGCUCAAGACAUAUGCUUCAGAUCCAUUAUUUUUCCAAUGGUCCACUACGACAUGUUCCAAUCAAGUCGUCCCCUCAAAAUCGAGAACAUGGAGCCAGAGCGAAUGGUCGUAGGGAUUCGUGGCUUUUUGGCCAUCAUGUCCGACCUAGAGCAAGCCGAUCAGGUCGCACCUCCAUUCCCCGUUUUCAGCCUCCAAUCGCCUACCUUUGAAGGACUUCCAUCCUCUCCCCAGAGCGGUCUGACGUCCAGCGUGGAUCUCGGUUCACCAGUCAAAUUGACGUUCGAGGACGAUACUUCGUCGUCUCUGCCAGUCAACGUUUCGAACCUCGAUGAGAGCGCGCGGCAGUAUUAUCUGCAGUUCUGUCAGAUCUUGGGAAAGAUUACAAUCCUAUGUGACAACACUUUUGGCGGCCAGGCUACUCUCAAUGAGAAAUUCUCUGCCACCACGAAUUUGACUCCCAAAACCCCUUUAGUGGACGCUUUCACUAUGAAUCGUUCUCCGGAUGCACCGGCCGCUGACCAGAGGCAGCAAUACUACGAAUUAUUGCACGUGGCAAUCCAGGCCCUUCCCCGUUGCUUUACAGAUCAUAUACCAUUGAGCCCUCUCAUCAACCUUCUGUGCACCGGGUCCGCUCAUGUCCAAGCAAACAUUGCUGCUUCUGCAACUCAAUCGCUCAAAGCAAUUGCACGACAAGGCCACGCACAGGCUGUUGCAAUCGCGUUUCCAAGAUUCAUCUUUCACUAUGAUACGCAAUAUUCGACUAUGUCCGACGAAGGACGCUUAGGGCCGGCACACAUUGAAUCCACCUUGACUUUGUACCUCGAACUUCUCCAGAUAUGGACGGAGCAACUUAAGCAAAAGACGGUGGCGGGUUCCGCGGACGGGAGAGAUCGCGGAGCUCCACCGUCACACCGAGCACUGCAAAUGGAGCUGACCAAUGUCAUCCCUCUUGUUGACGAAAUCGAGGCUUACGGACUCUUUUUCCUCUGUUCACAAUCACGUCGAGUACGAGCUUAUGCUGUUAAGGUUCUGCGGCUGGUGCUUCAGUUCGACAAAGUCCUGGGUCAAGAUGAACCGCCCAGAAUCAUCAAAUUACUUGAAACACAAUCAUCACAGAUCCUCGAUCUCCAGGAAGAUGCUCUCAAUGUUGCAGAGAGAAGUCGGCUUCAAAAGGAUAAACGUGUCAAGUCUGACCAAAGUACCCUGAUUGAGAUCUGCAGCUCAGAAGUGUCCUAUGAUUCUACACUCUGGUUUAAAGCAUUCCCCAAUCUCAUCAGAGUCGUCUUUGAUGCGUGUCCAAACGCUAUCGCUCUCUGCCGUGGCACUGUCACUGAGAGAUUAAUGCUCAUGCUCAACGACGUAGAAAGUUUCAAGGAUAUCAGUAGUGGAAACUCGGCCUUCUACGAGAAUAAGAUACAAGGACGCAGCUCUGCAACUUCUGCAGAGGUCUUAUUCGAACAGUGGAAGCUCUACCUCAUCAUGGCAUGCGUCACCCUCAACUCCCCAGGGGGACAAUCACAGAGUCAGCUGGCCGACGCCGCUCACGCUCGGAAAACUUCCCGCGGGGCUACUCAGCCUCAGGACAAACUGGGGUCUGCAAGGGCACUCUUCUCGGCCAUCAUACCUAUGUUGGGCGCCCAUCCAGACCCAAUUCGCGAUGCUGUGGUGACAGCUCUCGGUUCCAUUAAUCGCAAGCUCUGUAGAACCCUUCUGGAGUCGCUGCAGUACGCUGUGAUCACCUGCAACGACGAAGCAAAAGCUAGGAUCAAGCAUCAGAGAACACCCAGUAGCCCCCAGAGAUCCCAGAAGACUGAAAGAUUAAGGACCGAGGUCACCCACGUUUACAAACUUACCGCGGCAUUCCUUCGCCACGAGGACAUCUACACAGAUGAGUGGAUAUUGCACAACAUGGUCACCUACACUCGGGAUUUGCGGAUCUUUCUGAGCGACACAGAUGUUCAGAAUGAUUGGCGUUUUCAAAGGUUGAGAUACCACUUCUGUGGUCUUGUUGAAGAGGUUUUCGAAGGCGUGAACAGAUCCAGAACUCCCACCCGUUGGAUGCCUUUUGAGGCACGCAAGUCCGCGUUUGCUCUCAUGGAAGACUGGUGCGGUUAUUCUCCGGAGCAGAACGUGUUUGAUCCUAACCAUAGCCACGCAAGGGAUAUUCAGGACCGCAUGAAUGCCAAUGCAGCAUCUGAGAAAGAAAAAAGCAACCUGCGCGUGGCUGCGCUAAGUGCAAUGGCUGCUCUGUGUGCUGGUCCAAUCAAUAUGGUGACGGAUAGCAACAUCGUUCUGUCAUUCCAUGUUCCGCGUAUGCUGUCUUGGAUUGAUGGCAUUUUUGCGACAAACAAUCAUAAGAUGCAUUCCAUCGGCAGACGGGCACUCAAGUUGCUACUGAUGAAUAAUCCAGACCAUCUCGGCCUGAUUGAACAUGCCAUUGAGAAAUGCUACAUGACUGAAUCGUCGAUUGCCCUGGAGAGUUACUUUGGGGUGGUUUGUGAGGUCUUGAUACAACAACCAGAGUAUCCGCUCCCUUUUUGGAAAAUUCUCAGUGUAAUCGUGUUCACCCUUGGGAAUGAGAAUAGAGAAAUCCGGAUGAAAUCUGCGCACCUGAUUCGGACCUUGGACGAACGGCUCCAGAAAAAGUCAAAUCUACAAGAGUUCGACAUUAGUAUAUCCGACAAAACCCGCGCUGUCUACAAACUGGCUCAAUUUGAGUACUCAAAGCGUCUCGCAAAGGCAAAUUCAGAUAUCGCUUUCAUGAUCUUCUCCGAGUUUUCAUUGCACUACAAGGUUGCACGGAACGAUCAUCAGCGCAACAUGGUCGUCGCUAUCUUACCCUGGCUGCAAACUCUUGAGCUACAAGUCGACCCCGUCACCAAUGGUCCGACUGCGGUUUCUUACAUGCUGCUGGCCAAUAUGUUCGAGAUCACCAUCUGCUCCAGCAACUCCAUGCAUAACGAAGUUCAGGCUCUAUGGCAAGCUCUUGCAACGGGCCCACACGCAGGGAACGUGCAGCUUAUACUGGACUUCAUUAUUUAUCUCUCGCUUGAUCGUCGUGAUCAAAACUUUGUCGAGUAUGCAAAACAAAUUGUGGUCUAUCUCUCGUCAACUCCGGCAGGAUCGAGAGUGCUUGAGUUUUUCAUGCUGCAACUGACACCGAAAAACAUGGUCAACGAUAAGAAGCACGCCGAUGUUGUUAUGCCGGACACCAGGCACCUCCCAUAUGUUGCAGACUUGAGCUCGUUGCUGCCAAUGGGCAGCAAGCAGGUUGGGCUCUCAUUAGGUCAAGUAUCCCUCAUUUUCCUGGUCGAUCUGAUGGUGACUCCUGUGACCCUAGCCAAGGAGGAAGCCAUUAAACUCGUCCACACUGUUCUCAUCCUCUGGGAUCACUACACGACUUCGGUCCAAGAGCAAGCUCGAGAGAUGCUCGUACACCUAAUUCACGAAUUGGUCACGACAAAGAUUGAUCCUCAGGUCCUGUUUGCCGCAAAGCCAAAGAUUGAGACCCUGGUUGAGUCGGUCCGUACCAAUGAUGCAAGAGUGAGCUGGUCUUACGAGAAGAACACUAGAAAAGACGAAGAUGAUGGUGGCAGCAGGGUGCCGCCGGCUAUGGCCACCCUCAGCACAGAGAUCGUUGGCAUUUUCGACUUGGCUUUCGAGAACUGGAGUGAUUCAUGGGCAAAGGAAGCCCUUCAUUGGGCGUCUAUUUGCCCAGUGCGUCACCUGGCAUGCCGGUCCUUUCAGGUCUUCCGCUGCAUAUCGGUCAGUUUGGAUGCCAGAAUGUUGGCGGAUAUGCUCGCGCGGUUAUCGAAUACCAUUGCAGACGAGCAGACAGACUACCAGACAUUCUCUAUGGAGAUUUUGACAACGCUCAAGGUCGUCAUUGGGGCAUCAGAACCAAAGACUCUCAUACGAUACCCGCAGCUUUUCUGGACGACAUGUGCUUGUCUGAGCACCAUUCACGAGAGGGAAUUCUACGAGACUUUGGGUAUGCUUGAAAAGUUUAUUGAGAAGCUAGAUCUAUCUUCUCCGGAAGUCACCGAAUCCAUGUUGAAUGGGCAGCCCGGAAAAUGGGAAGGCGGCUUCGAGGGUGUGCAACCAUUGCUUUACAAAGGCCUGAAGUCCGCCGACAGUUGGGAGAAAACGCUCUCGGUUCUGCAUAGACUAGCUCCGCUUCCCAAUUGUGAGCUGGUCGGCAACGACGACCGACUGCUGUACAAUUUGCUUGCGAAUUUACCACAGUUCCUGUACAGCUUUGAGAUUGACACGGUCGACUCUACUUCUUUGGAGGUUGCUCGGGGCCUGGGCCACGUUGCAGCUGCCGAAGGUCACGAAGCAUUGGCAAUAUGUCUUGGACGAUUUGCCAGCAAAGACAUGACCUCAAGUCGCGAGAUGCUGUCAUUCACACUCCAAGCCUUGAAGGCGGCAUAUUUCCCAGCUCGUGAUGCCCAAAGCUUGAUCUUCAUGAUUGGUCUCCUCACAAACAAGACUCCGUGGUUCAGAGUGAAACUGAUGGACAUUCUACGUGAAUUGAUACCCCUUGUCAACAUGAAGAAUGCCGCUAUCACGAACCACGGUCCAGACCUCAUCUCUCCACUUUUGCGACUGCUGCAGACUGAGCAUUGCAGCCAGGCUCUAGAGGUCUUAGAUUAUAUCAUGGAGGUUGCCACUUCCCCGAUGGAGAAGCACCACAUUCGCAUGAGUAUGGCAGUGGGCUCUGCAAAGGCAAUUCGAAAAGAGUACGAGCGUACUCAAAGCUUGUACGGUAUCCCACUACCUUCCGGGUGGUCUAUACCUAUGCCAGCCAUCUAUUCGAGCAUGACCCGGCGUAAUGUGCAUGCCGUUUUCUACACGUGUGGAGACUCGGAUACACUGAGAGGCGAGGAAACCGCCACCCCUGACGUUGAGUUCCAAGGCGAUGAUGGCUACAAUGACUCAUACUUUCCACCACAGAGCAGGGCGGAAACAAUUCGUUCGUUAGAGACCGCUGCGGACACGAACGUCAGUGAUCUCGUCAAUACUCUUGACAGCCUCGAUGACUUUUUUGACGACCUUGACGAAGAUCCUAUGCUUACUCCCACCGGGGCUAGUCAACUGGGAGUGUCAAGUAUGGUAAUGCCAACUUUGACUGAGCACAGCACAGCCUUGUACGACGAGCAAACUGCUCCUAUAUUGCGCCAAAGUCUCGCAAGAACGUCUUCCUUGGCUAAUAUUCCUGAUGGAAUCACAGAGUCAGGUCCCCUACCUGGCGUUGGACAUCGCAAUGAACUCAACCAAUCUUCGGCCGGCCACAGCGGGGCUGCUCAAGCAUCGUUCUCGUCGAUUGACGAGCUGGGAGGGCCGGGGCCAUCCUUACCAAUCACAAACAAGAAGCCAGCUCUGCAGACGGUGCUGAGCCCAACUAAUCACAGCAGACCUGGGUUGCACGCGAGGUCUAUUACGUCGCCAGCAAAUCAAUUUUCGGGGUCUCACCCUCUGGGCGUGUUUUCUCCAGGACCCUCAGGAUCAUUCAGAUCCCAGGACGAUUAUGCGGAUCAAUAUGACGAUGCCGUGCUCUCAGACGGAGAGAACAGCCCGUUCCCAUCACUGACUGCCGGAUUGGCGAGCGGCGGGAAGGGGGUCUCUGGACCUGGACCUUCAGAGUAUACAACGCCAACGUCUGCGACCGAAACAGGUGGUGCCUUCAGCAUACAAGGUAUGAGGCGCGGCAUGCGACGUCUGACUGGUGGCAAGAGCGAAAGCCAAAAGGAGAAGGAAAGGGCCCGAGAAGUUGGGAGACUACGUGGACAAUCUGGAGGUCAAAACACGUUGCCUGGAACCAUACAGAGUCCGCGGGUACCCAAAGUGCCCGUGGAGUACCUCAACGUCAGCAGUGUCAGCGGCAUCAGUCCUACCACAAGUCCAGGUCUCUGA